GGAUGUAAUGCAUAACUUGAACCUAAAGUACACUGACAAAAGAGUAACUAUAGAUAAGGAUAUCUGGUUUUUCAGUGAAGAGCUUGGAAUCUGCUAAAAAGUCCCAAAGAAAGUGUUCUCCAGAGUCCAGGCACGAGCAGAUCUUCAGCAGCUCACUGAAAACCACAUACAUCGUUCUGGGCAAGAAUGGAGACUUUGCAGGCUACUUUUUUUUUAUUUGUGUUUGUACCUUUGGUAAAUGCAGCACCACCUCUACAGCAAGAAUCACUCCAGUUCUAUGAGUAUGAUACUGAUGUUUCCAUGGGAAGCCUGACCCAACAAGAUUAUGAAAUGCAAUCCAAGGAUAUAAGAAAGGAUGCAACAAAUGUUUCUCUUGACACCUCCCUAAUGCUGCAAAGUGAUGACAGCCAACUUGAUGUCCCACCAACAAAGGACACAAACCUGCCCACGUGCUUGCUGUGCGUGUGCCUGAGCGGCUCCGUGUACUGCGAGGAGAUCGACAUCGAGGCCGUGCCGCCGCUGCCCAAGGAAACCGCUUAUCUCUACGCUCGCUUCAACAAGAUCAAACGGAUCGCAGCCUCUGACUUCGCUGACAUCACUACCUUGAGAAGAAUUGAUUUUAGUGGAAAUAGGAUAGAAGAAAUAGAAGAUGGAGCCUUUUCAAAGCUUCUGCUGUUGGAAGAACUUUCUCUUGCUGAAAAUCGACUUGUAAAACUUCCUGUUCUACCUCCCAAACUAACAUCAUUUAAUGCAAACCAAAACAGAAUCAAGAGCAGAGGAAUCAAAGCAAAUGCUUUCAAGAAGCUCACAAAUUUGGCCUACCUCUACUUAGGACACAACGCACUGGAAUCCGUGCCCCUGAACUUACCGGAGAGUCUGCGCAUUCUUCACCUUCAGUACAACAACAUCACCAGCAUCACGGACGACACGUUCUGCAAGUCCAACAACACGCGCUACAUCCGCACGCGCAUGGACGAGAUCAGGAUGGAGGGCAACCCCAUCGUGCUGGCCAAGCACGUCAACGCCUUCUCCUGCCUCAGGAUGCUGCCCGUGGGCACCUACUACUAA